AUGGCGAUCGAAGCCGCACGCAGACGGGCCGAGCAGCACGAAGUCGUUUUCUCGCAAUUCGAGCUCCGCGAGGUUACAGUUGGAGCAGCCCUCGUUCUGACUGAUGAUGUCGACGCUGAGACCACUAUCUCUCUCAAGCCGUAUGCUGAGGGUACUCGUGGCAACUCCGAUAUAUGGGACGAGUUUCGUAUCUGUUCGUGGACCUCUAAGCGUGGCUGGACUGCACACUGCUCCGGUUUGAUCCGUACACGCACCAACAAGAAGCAGCAGACGUCUGUGUCAAAUGUUGCCGAGUCUGAGGAAAAGCACUUCCGCGCUCAGAUGGACACCGUUCUGAAGGAGGCUACGUACACUAUUGAGACGCAGAACAUGUACCAAGUUCUGGCGGAUGUCGGGGCUGGUUACGGCCCAGUCUUCCAGGGUCUCGAGAAUGUGUUCUCGAGCUCUGUCCAUUCGCGUGCCGAUCUAUGCGUCCGAGACACGAAGACGGUCAUGCCAAAGAAUUUUGAAGCACCAUUGAGUAUUCAUCCGACCUUUUUGGAUGCCCUUCUACAUUUGGUCUGGCCCAUUCUCGGCCAGGGUCGCAUGGAGCUGGAAACUCUGUACAUGCCGACCAUGAUCAAGAGCCUCACCAUCAGUAGCAACAUCCCCUCUAUACUUGGCGAAUCUGCCAAGGCCUGGUGUAACGGUGGUCCCAGUCAGCCCUCUCCGGAGCCCACCAAGUUUGACCUGUGGGUGACGCCUGAGGACUCUACGAACGUCCUGAUUAAUAUGGAGGGUCUCAUUAUGACACCUCUCAAUGAUCCUGGUGCUAAUCGUAGUGGAGACACCCGUAGCUUGUGCUACAAGUUUGAGUGGAAAUCCCUUGCUGAAGUCGAAACCGAGCUUGAUAGCGAAGCUGUGGUGGCUGAUGAUCAUGCUAGCGAUCUGAAUGGGCAUGCCAAGGAGCCGAAUGGCCAUGCACAUACCAAUUCCAAUGGCCAUGCUACAGCAAAUGGGGAAGCACUUACCAAUGGUCAUACCAACGGGCAUGCAAAUGGCCUUACUAACGGCCAUACUAAUGGACAUCCAAACUCUGAUAUAAAGUCCAAUGGAAACGUCGAUGGUAAAAGCCAACGGCAGACUGAUAUCUUGAUCACGCAGUUUGGCAAGUCUGACGGGGCUUCUGACAAGCUGAUUGAGGCUAUUUCAGAAGACAGUAUCUACUGGAAGCCAUCGAUCUCCACUCUGGAGGAGAUCGAUUCCACCGGAAAGCAUGUCGUUGUCCUCCAAACAGGAACCCGGUCUCUGCGUGACCUUACCGUAGAUUCAUUUGAAAAUAUUAAGAGGACAUUGCUGAAUGCUUCCAACCUUCUUUGGGUUUAUCGUUUGGACAGGCCUGAUGCCCAAAUGAUUGUUGGUAUCACGCGCAGUCUACGGUCCGAGACGCUAGCCAAAGUCGCUACACUUGGUCUUGAAUUCGAGGAUCUCACAAAGCCUACAGUGCCAAUCGUUGCGGCUAUGAAUGCUUUGUGGCCUGCCAAUGGUGUGAAGCCAUGUGUUGACCUUGAGUUCCGGGCUAAGGGCGCCAAUUUGUUUGUGCCGCGGGUUCUAAGCGACGAAGCUGCCGAUGCUUUCGUCAAUAACGAGACUCACGAGAUGACCAUCUCAUCUCAGCCUUUCAACCAGCCGGGUCGCCGUUUCAAACUACAAAUUGGCAAUCUUGGCGCUCUUGACACUUUGUACUUUGCCGAUGAAGUUGUUGAACCCUUGGCCGAUGACGAAAUUGAGAUAGAAGUCAAGGCCACCGGCCUUAAUUUCAAGGAUAUCGUCGUCACCAUGGGCCAACUGGUGCAACCAUAUAUCGGUAUUGAGUGUUCCGGUAUCGUGUCGUCUGUUGGUAAGAACGUCAGCCACCUGUCGGUCGGUCAACGAGUCAUGGCCCUACCAUUAGGAGGCUAUUCAACCUAUGCUCGCUGCAAAGCAACCAGUGCUGCUCCCAUUCCAGUAAACAUGACUUUUGAGGUUGCUGCAACCGUGCCUGUUGUCUUCUGCACUGCAUACUACGCUUUGUUUGACUUAGGUCAACUCCAGCAAGGCGAGAGGAUCCUCAUCCAUGCAGGUGCUGGUGGUGUUGGCCAAGCCGCUAUCAUGCUAGCGCAAAUGACGGGGGCUGAGGUCUUUGUGACCGUUGGAAGCGUCGAAAAGAAGCAUUUCUUGAUGACACAGUAUGGCCUUCCAGAGGACCACAUUCUGUAUAGUCGGGACACGUCCUUCGGCCGCGGUAUCCGCCGUGCAACCAACGACGAGGGCGUCGAUGUUGUGGUCAAUUCGUUGGCUGGCGACCUUCUUCGCGAGACCUGGGAGUGCUUGGCACCGUUCGGGCGCUUUGUUGAAAUUGGAAAGGCGGAUAUCACCAAGAAUACCCGUCUGGACAUGCUGCCAUUUGAGUGGAAUGUCACUUUUGCCUCGGUUGAUCUGUCCAAAGUUGCAGCGCACAAGCCGAAGCUGAUGAAGCGGCUCUUGGAUUGUGUUACCUGUCUCAUGAAAAAGGGCGCUCUCCAUCCAAUUCUUCCACUGACUACAUACCGUAUCUCUGAGCUUGAGACCGCGUUCCGCACAUUACAGACUGGAAAGGCGAUGGGGAAGAUCGUGGUUGUUCCCCACCCAGACGACCAUGUGAAGGCUGUCUCGCCGAAGACUGGAUCGUCUAUCUUGAAGGCAGAUGCUUCCUACAUCCUGAUCGGUGGCACUGGCGGUCUUGGCCGCAGUAUGGCCAAAUGGAUGUCAUCUAAGGGUGCACGCAAUAUUGUACUUGUGUCUCGCAGCGCUUCUAUCAAUGAUCAGGUUCAGAAGCUCAUUGACGAACUGACGGUCACCGGUACUCGCAUCCUCGUCAAACCUUGCGACGUCAGCAGCAGACAGUCUGUUGAAAACCUUAUUAAGGUCGAAAUGAAAGACCUACCUCCAAUUCGAGGUUUGGUUCACGGCGCCAUGGUCCUUCGCGAUAUGCUCUUCGAAAAUAUAACUCUUGAUGACUUCCAGGCCGUUGUGACCAGCAAGGUUGACGGCACAUGGAAUCUCCACGAAGCACUUGCUGAUUCUCCCCUGGACUUCUUUGUUGCACUAUCCUCCGUGGCCGGAGUAAUUGGUAACCGUGGACAAGCAGCCUAUGCUGCUGCCAACGUCUUCUUAGAUGGCUUCAUGGAGUAUCGCCGCUCGCAAGGACUCCCUGGUACCUCUAUCGAUCUGACUGCUGUGCGAGAUGUAGGCUACCUAGCUGAAGUUGAUAGCAAGAGACAGCAAGAAGUUCUCAAGAACAUUGGAACAGAUGGCAUGUCUGAAGCCGAGGUUCUCGCGCUUCUUGCAGCUGCCAUCACUGACUGUCUAGAACCGUCCUGUUCUGGUCAAUUUGUCACUGGCCUUGAGCUCAGUACAUUGGACCAUUUCUGGGCGCAGGACGCCAAAUUUAGCGUGCUAUACGAGGCCGCAAAAGCCGCUUGUGGUAGUGGGCAUAGCGGGGGCGGGGGGCCCUCCACACCGCUGAACAUACUCCUUGCAAAUGCUCCAUCUAAGGAGGAGGCCCUGCAUAUCUGCUAUGAGGCAUUAGCGGCCAAGCUGGCGCAAGUACUAGUCAUAUCGUUGGAAGACAUGGACCCUUCGAUCACGGUGGCAUCGCUGGGUCUAGACUCACUGGUUGCGAUAGAGAUUCGCAAUUGGAUUGCACGGGAGGCGAAUGCCAAUGUUCAAGUGCUGGAACUGCUAUCGAGCGGGUCUCUGAUGGCGCUGGCUGAGAUCAUUUUGAAUAAGUCUCAGGCGUGA